GAUAUUAAAUAUGCCAUGUCAAACUUUUGCUCUUUUUUGUAAUAUUUUAUUAUUAUUAUUCAUGUUUUGUUUUGUUUUUGUUUUUUUUGUUGUUGUUUUUUUUGACAUAACUUAUUUAUUAGCCUAAUUCUAACAUAUAUACACCUAUAUACAUUUCUGGAAGAAAGGCGUUUAACAGUUAAUGUAAUUGUUGUAAGAAGCUGUUUAGACUGAACAAUUUUCUCUACAGUUCUUCCCUGAGAAAGAGAAGUAUUUUAACAUUUUUCAUUAAAAUAUAGGAAGCCCUCGGUCAAUACAAACACUUUCAGCACAGCGAGGUAAGUAACGCCACCGCCAUCUAGUGGCCAUGUAUCACAUUUACAGUUAGUCGUUACCUCCAUCGUCAUCACUCGGCGCCGGAUGUAGCAGGAAUGUGGUUGUGGUAGUAGCCGUGUCCUUGGUUCUAUAUGAUAAGUUGCAACGUUACCACGAGCUGUGGAUCAUAUUAAACAUAUUAAAUUAUAGCAGAAACUAUUUUGCUGUCGUCCUGCUAUGUGAUUCUCAUUGGAGCCUCAUUCUCACAGCGUAUACAAGUUCAUACAGGAUUCACCGGGGAGCUAUGAGCGCUCCAAACUCUAAGCAGAGGCAAGCCUGCUGGGGAGCGAGAGAUGAGCUGUGGAAGUGCCUGGACCUCAACCAAGACAACGCAACCACCUGCGAGAACUAUCGCAAAGAAUUUGAGGCCAAUUGUCCUGCUCAGUGGGUGAAGUACUUCAACAAACGAAGGGACUUCCUGAAGUACAAGGAGAAAAUUGAGAAGGAUGGAUUUGAACCAGCUAAGGAAGCGCCAAAAUUAUAGAUCAUUGAAAAGAUCUAUAUUUGAACUGCACAAAGCCAACACUGGAGUCAAUAAAGGAUCCUAGAUUGUC